GCCCGCCUCCAGGUGGCCCGGCCCCCACAGCGGGCGCGGCGGCCGCCCCUCGGCCCGCGCCGGCCUCCGCCGAGGACCAUGGGCGGUGCGCUUCUCCGGGCGCGGGGUGCUGCGCACGGGCGGCGCCGGAGAAGAUCCUUCUUUUCGUCUUUUAUUUGGCUUUUUCAACUGAUCUCAAACAACUGUUAUGAUUGAGGCCAUUCUUACCGAAGGUCUGACUCUUUGCCCAUGUUGCCAAAGCUUUGAAUCUACAGAAAAUGAAAGUAGUAUGUUGAAGAGGAAGAUAUUUCCUGGUGCGAGCUCGGAGAAUGGAUGCUGAACCUGGCCUGGAGGUUCAGAAGAAAAUCAGCAGGAUGGAACUGAAAUACGGAUAUACUUUGACUAAGGAGCUGGAAUAAGACUGAAUUCUGCUCUGUUAUACCAUGACCAUGAACUUGCUGUUUGGCUUCAUGCUUUAGGAACUUUUGUAGUAACUGAGUGAAGCUGUUGGGAAUCAUGGCAUUCUCUCCAUGGAAGCUGUCCUCUCAGAAACUUGGCUUUUUCCUGGUGACUUUUGGUUUCAUUUGGGGAAUGAUGCUUCUGCAUUUUACUAUUCAGCAGCAAACACAACAUGAAAGCAGUUCAGUCCUGCGUGAGCAAAUUUUGGAUCUCAGCAAAAGAUAUAUCAAAGCAUUAGCUGAAGAAAAUAAAAAUGUGGUUGAUGGGCCUUAUGUUGGGACAGUGACAGCAUAUGAUUUGAAGAAGACACUUGCUGUCUUGUUGGAUAAUAUCUUGCAGCGCAUUGGGAAGCUAGAGUCCAAGGUGGAAAACCUUGUGCUUAAUGGAACAGGAGCAAAUUCUACCAACAAUACUAACACUCCUGCUCCUAGCUUGGGAGCAGCUGAAAAGCUUAAUGUAGCAGAUCUCAUAAAUGGAGCCCAAGAACAGUGUGAAUUGCCUCCUAUGGAUGGUUUUCCUCACUGUGAAGGGAAAAUAAAGUGGAUGAAAGAUAUGUGGCGAUCGGAUCCCUGUUAUGCAAGUUAUGGUGUAGAUGGGUCCACAUGCUCCUUUUUUAUUUACCUCAGUGAGGUUGAAAAUUGGUGUCCUCGUUUACCUUGGAGAGCAAAAAAUCCUAAUGAAGAAACUGAUCAAAAAACAGUGGCUGAAAUUCGUAUCAACUUUGAUAAUCUCUACAAAAUGAUGUCAAGACAUGAGGAAUUCAGGUGGAUGAUGUUACGCAUCAGACGAAUGGCUGAUACCUGGAUUGAAGCGAUUAAAUCACUUGCAGAAAAACAGAGUUUGGAAAAGAGAAAACGAAAAAAGAUUCUUGUUCAUCUGGGGCUCUUGACAAAAGAAUCUGGAUUCAAGAUUGCAGAAAAUGCGUUUAGCGGUGGCCCACUUGGUGAAUUAGUCCAGUGGAGUGAUUUAAUUACAUCUCUCUACUUACUGGGCCAUGAUAUCAGGAUUUCAGCUUCACUGGCAGAGCUCAAGGAGAUUAUGAAGAAGGUUGUAGGUAACAGAUCUGGCUGUCCUACCCAGGGGGAUAAAGUUGUAGAACUCAUUUACAUUGAUAUAGUAGGACUCACACAGUUUAAGAAAACGCUUGGUCCAUCGUGGGUACAUUACCAGUGUAUGCUGAGAGUUUUGGAUUCCUUUGGAACUGAACCAGAGUUUAACCAUGCCCAUUAUGCCCAGUCUAAAGGCCACAAGACACCAUGGGGAAAGUGGAACCUUAAUCCACAGCAGUUUUAUACAAUGUUCCCUCACACUCCAGAUAACAGCUUCCUUGGAUUUGUGGUAGAGCAGCAUCUGAAUUCCAGUGACAUUAAACACAUUAAUGACAUCAAAAGGCAGAAUCAAUCUCUUGUUUAUGGCAAAGUAGAUAAUUUCUGGAAGGAUAAGAAGGCUUACCUGGACAUCAUCCACACCUAUAUGGAAGUCCAUGGAACUGUUCACGGGACAAGCACCAUUUAUAUUCCUGGCUAUGUAAAAAACCAUGGCAUACUCAGUGGGCGGGAUUUGCAGUUUCUACUGAGAGAAACCAAACUGUUUGUUGGUCUUGGAUUCCCAUAUGAAGGGCCAGCUCCUUUGGAGGCUAUUGCUAACGGAUGCGCUUUUCUAAAUUUAAGAUUUAACCCACCAAAAAGUAGCAAAAACACAGAGUUUUUCAAAGGCAAACCUACACUUCGUGAGUUGACAUCUCAGCAUCCCUAUGCUGAAGUUUACAUUGGGAAGCCCCAUGUGUGGACUGUAGACAUCAACAAUCUUUCUGAAGUUGAGAAAGCUGUGAAAUCAAUUUUGAAUCAAAAGAUUGACCCUUAUUUGCCCUAUGAAUUUACGUGUGAGGGAAUGCUUCAGAGGAUGAAUGCAUUUAUUGAAAGACAGGAUUUUUGUCAUGGGCAAGUGAUGUGGCCCCCAUUAAGUGCUCUUCAAGUAAAAAUUGCUGAACCUGGAAAAUCCUGUAAACAAGUUUGUCAGGAAAGCCAGCUCAUCUGUGAGCCUUCCUUCUUUCAGCAUCUCAACAAGGACAAAGCUCUACUUAGGCAUAAUAUCGAAUGUCUCACCAUGGAGUCUGCAAAUGAUAUUCUGGUCCCCUCUUUUGAUGGAAGAAGGAAGCACUGUGUUUUCCAGGGUGAUCUCUUAUUGUUCAGCUGUGCUGGAUCCCACCCCACGCACAGAAGAAUCUGCCCGUGCAGAGACUAUAUUAAGGGGCAGGUUGCACUUUGUAAAGACUGCCUAUAGCAGCAGCAGAGCUUCUUUUGAGUUGAGAACAAAAUGUAAGUAGUUUUGAGAGGAGCUACUUAUUACUUCCUGCACUUUUGUCCAGGUUUUUCGCUGCAGGCAGAGCUAUCAUUGCUGGGCAGAAUCAUCUACUAAGAGAGGAGGGAUUCAUAACAAACAGCUAACUGAUCUUUUUUUCCUAUAAGAACAUUUGCAGUGCAACUCUUCAGAUUCCUUCACGUGGCUGCGAAGAGAAAGGGGUUUCAUGUUCUACAGUGAUUUGAAGAUGACUGCACAGAAUAGUUUGUAGAAAAUUCCCAGACCCGUCAAACUCCUUUUUUGUUGUUGUUGUUUGGGUGAAGUGUUUUCUAUUUUUGUAAUGAGUUAGGCCAUCCCCCUCAUGGUUAGCUAAAGGAGCUCAACUUCAUUCCAGUAGGAAAUUGAGAAAAGUGUGCUUGACAGCAGGGGUGCAGGGGCAGGAGGACUGAUGUUUUAUUCUAAGUGCACUGGUUUGGGUACUGCUUUAGUGUGAACAGCUAUGAAGUUGUUUACUUCACAAGAACUCGGACUCAUAACUCUGUACCCUGUUCUUGGGUUAGCUGGGCCCGGUUCUUUUUUUGUCUUUUUUUUAUCUUUGUAUGCAACAAGGCAUUGUCUACAUCAGAGCUGCUGCAUCAGAGCAGUCUAACCCGAGUAUCAUGAAUGAGCAAACAAGCAGUUGCCAGCGUCUGACACAUCUCGGUGACUUGACAACUGACUACAGUUGUGACAUUCCUCAAUGUGGAAAAGCUACACAAACAUACUGCCAUUUUGGGAAUGGACUCAUCACAGUUUACUGGUCCCACUUAGAGAGUAAUACUUCGAAUUUGCCCAUGCUUCUGUUAUAGUCUGUCUACUAGAAAUACUGUGUGAAGCAAAAAGUAUUCAGCAUCAUUGGAGCAAUAUUAUCAUUAGAGCCUCAGUCUGUUAUGGCUUCCAGUAGUUAAAGUGUUGCUGAAUGACAUAGAAAGGUUAAACUAAGCUAACUAUAAUUAUUGUAUGGUAGAAAUGUAAAAUGUCUUCAUAACUAGGUAGGUUUUAAAGAGAAAUCUUUUCUGAAGAUCAAGUAAGAGGAGACAAACAACUGCUAAGAAAAGCAUUGAUCAGUCUCAUGGGUUGUUUUUCUGGUUUGGGGCACGUUUCUGGUUUGUUGGGGGUUUUUUUCCUUCUUUUUUUUUUUUUUUUUUUAUUAAGCAGGCACACCAGUUACACAUUUAGAAUAAAGCAAUUCAAGAGUUUGGAAUUCAAAUCAAACUUCAUUUGUUUUAGAGCAGCAAGUUAGCUCUUCUGAACUGUCAUGGUUCAUAGAGGUAAUUUUUGUUACUUUCAGCAGAAGGUGGCAUGCUUGACAGCACCAUUUGUAGUCAGGAAAUUAUAUGCUAAGAUUAGAAAGAAACAAACCUGCAGUGUAUUUUGAAAGCAGUCACAGUCUGCAGGUUUACAAUUUGGACAUGCUUUGACCAUGCAGGAAAAAAACUUCAUACCAGUGUGAAGGGGUUUUCCAUAAAGAUUAACAAGCAUAACCAGGUAAUACUGACAAGCAUGGAUACUUUGAAUUUUCCUUUCUUGGAUGUAUCUGGUUGGUUCAGAUUUUUCUUGUAACCAGCGUUCAUUACCUGUGUGUGAAUAUCAGUGUAUCUCUUGACCUACCAAAGACCAAGCAAGGGAAAUGCUCUUUCGUUGCGGAUAAAUUCUCCAGACAAGAGAACAGAACAGUAUAUGUAUUUAAAUUUUCAAUUUAAAAGCAUUGUAUUAGACUUCCAAGCUUUUUCUUUCCUGUGUCAGCACUCAGUUUCCCUGUUACAUCCCGUAACAUUGCUGUGGGCUCCACAGUAUCUUAAUCCUAAGAGACUGUCGCGUAUCCAAAAAAGAUAAGUGGGAGCUGGUGAAGAGCAGGGUUACCCAUAACUGGCUUGUGAUGAUGAUAAAAUCUGCUGUAUUUGAGAGUCAUUUUCCAGAAACAGAACAGCUGGUGCUAUAAUGGGUGGCAAACUUUUUGUAUGAAAAGAAAACAAACAAGUACGGAAAUCCUUACUGUAACCAUAGCUCAGCAUUUGCUUCAGUCAGCACAAAUGUCAUAGGCACCAGUUUUAAUACCCUGGUAAAGCUGGGGGAGAAGAAUUGUAAAUCAGCCUGAACAGGUGCAACAAUUCACUUUGUAUUUAUAUAAAAUACUCCCCAUAUACCUGUGCAUAUUUGCUCAACUGGAACAUCUGGACUAUCACAGUAUAUGUAUAUACUUGGUGCUGAAAGUAAAGGCAACAGCAGAACUUGCCUUUACCAGUUCAACCUGAGGUUCUUCAAGCAGGAAUUUAGUUUGGAAUGAGAGAGCACCGAAGUAUGUUGGGAACAAAGAGUUGUAGGUGCACACUUAAAGAAUGCAAGACCCUUAGUUUUUGCUGUAGUGUGAUUCUUUGCUGUAAAUACAUAUAUGCUUGUUUCCCACACACACACUGUAUGGUCCACAUGGCCUACUGCAUUUUGUUUUGCCUCUAAACCUUUAAAGAUGGAAGGGUUUGUAUGUUUUUAAGAUUUUCUGGUCUAGUGCUUUGCUCAGUGCUACAUUUGCCUUUACCACAGCAGGGAGAGUCUGUUGUAAGCUGUUUUUUCAUGCUGUAGCACUGUUUCUAGUCUACUAAAGUGAAUUACUGUGUACUGGCAAAAAGGAAAUGGCAAGCAUCAAUGCCUCUUGCAUUUCAGCUAGGGACAGAGUAUCUAAACUGGCUUCAGAAUCAGUUGGGUCUCAUCCUAUUUCCACUGGAAUCUAUAGAGAAGACUCAUUAACCUUAAAAAAGAAUCAAGACCUGUAAUUUGAUAGGGCUCUAUUAAUAAUUUUAAACUCUCUUUUCAUAAAAAGUGUUACUUUUCUGAAGACAGUUUCAGUCUAAAUUUCUGUAAGAGGAGACUAUCCUGUGAGAAGUGUAAGCACAUAAACUUUGUAAACAGCACUGUCUAAGCCUGAUACAGCACUCCCCCAUCACACACCUCAGUGUUUGUUCACACAUUGAUAAGCACUCAGGCGUAUCCAUGUCAGACUAUAUAAAAGUGUGAAUGAUUUACUAAAUGGUAUAAUAUAUAUCCACAUUUCAAGAUAGAGGGCAGCCUCCUGUCUGAGUUCCAUAACUGUUUUCCUUCCUAAUAAAAGAAUUAGGUGUAGUCCAAUUCUUGCACUUAAGGAUAUUAGGGAUGGGACUGUGCUGCUGUUUUUCAGUUGGACAGUAAAGCUUGCAGGUUCGUUUCCUCAGAAAUCAGGUUCUUGCAUGACUUGCAUUUGAAUAUAUUGAUCAGUGAUUGAGGGGAAAAAAAGACAUCAAAAGUUGAAUAUAAAAUCAUUUUCCAAGCUUUUAAACAUAUCUCUCAUAUCAAGACAUUCUUUGUUUUAAAAUUUUGUAUUUUUGUAUGUGACCUGAGUUGUUUUCAAAAAUCUUGUUCCUAUGAGAUUAGAAAACUUGAGAGAAGCAUUUACGUAUUUAUUAAAAUUAACCGAAAAGGCUUGCCUUUGAAAGGUAAAGUUGGUAAAUACACACUGUUUGAAAAUGCCAAUAAAAACCUCAUUUAUUUCAUA